GGCUCCCAAUCUCUCUCUCUCUCUCUCUCAGCUCAUUUAGUUGAUUUCCAAAUCUGAACCGAAAUCCCAAAUCGGAGCUCCACAAAAAUGGCGUCCACCACCUUCAGCGGAGACGAAACGGCUCCCUUCUUCGGCUUUCUCGGCGCCGCCGCCGCCCUAGUCUUCUCCUGCAUGGGAGCGGCGUACGGGACGGCGAAGAGCGGCGUCGGCGUGGCGUCGAUGGGAGUGAUGAGGCCGGAGCUGGUGAUGAAGUCGAUUGUGCCGGUGGUUAUGGCGGGAGUGUUGGGGAUUUAUGGUUUGAUCAUUGCUGUGAUCAUCAGUACUGGGAUUAAUCCAAAGGCUAAGUCUUAUUAUCUUUUUGACGGCUAUGCACAUCUCUCCUCCGGUCUUGCUUGCGGCCUCGCCGGUCUCUCUGCCGGAAUGGCUAUCGGAAUCGUUGGUGAUGCCGGUGUUAGAGCUAAUGCACAGCAGCCAAAGCUUUUUGUUGGAAUGAUUUUGAUUCUCAUCUUCGCUGAAGCGUUGGCUCUGUAUGGUUUAAUUGUUGGGAUCAUCCUUUCAUCCCGAGCUGGGCAGUCCAGAGCAGAUUAGAGGUACCAUUCGUGCAGGCUUCUGAUGCGAGUUGUUUUGCGUCUUAAGUUACUCGCUGGUCUAAGAUACUCAUUCGGUGUGCAGAGUUCCCCCCGUGUGUGCAGUGUUUCGUUAUGUUAUCAGUCUUGCAUAGUUGGGAAGAAAUAUCCAUUUUCUUUUGUAGGAUUUGAUGAUUUGUCUUGGAAAUAAAAGCUCUUAUCAACUGA